AUGCAUGUGUCGGGCCGGCAUGUCAUUGGACAGAGUUCGGCUGCUGCUGUCCUGAGCACCUCACCUGCAGAGCAUGAGGAUACGUCCUUUAACUUUUUGGAGCCCAAUGAUUUCUUCACCAUGGAUGCCAUGGAUGGAGUCAUCACCAACGAUAUGGAUUAUGGAGUCGUCACCAACGAUAUGGAUUUGCUGCAGACGCGGAAGCGGACAGCUGGUGACCACCCCCUUCUCACUUGGUUAGACGAGCGCGAAAGCUAUCUUGCGGAGAUGAUCCGGCUCGAUGGUCGUGGGGAUGCUGGCAAUAUGUGUGCAGGCUGUGGUACUGCUCCUGCAUUGGUUCGAUGCGAGAGCUGUGAUGAUUCACAAAUGUACUGUCACGGCUGCACUGUCACUAACCAUUUGUGCUUGCCCACCCAUCGCAUCGACGAGUGGACUGGUGUGUGUUUCCAGAGGACGUCACUCAAGAAGCUAGGCCUUCGUAUUCAACUCGGACAUCCUAUUGGCCAGCGCUGUAUCCUUCCCCAUAAAGCCUUCAAUGAUGACUUCGUUAUCAUGGAUACGGACGGUAUACACCAGGUUGGACUCGACUUUUGUGGUUGCGAGACUGCGCAAACACAUACGAAGCAACUACUCCGAAAUCGAUGGUUCCCGUCCACCUCAACUGACCCCAGGACCGCAGCGACCUUUCGAGUACUACGACAGUAUCAUAUCCUUUCAUUUGAGUCGAAGGCAUCUGCGUACGAGUUCUAUCAUACACUCGUUCGCUUGACAGAUAAUACGGGCUUGUCAAAUCGUAAGGCAGACCGCUAUGAAGCAUUUAUGAGAAUGGUGCGCGAAUGGCGCCACCUGAAGAUGGUGAAGCGCUUUGGUCGUGGUCACGACCAAGCCGGUGUUAAAGCUACAUCGCCCGGAGAGUGUGCUAUUCUAUGUCCAGCAUGCCCACAGCUGGGCAAGAAUCUGCCUGACGGUUGGCAAGAUGUCGGGAAAGCCAAACGGUGGCUAUAUGCAAUUUUUGUUGCAAUAGACGCGAAUUUUCGAUUGAAGAGACGCGAUGUUUCGAAUGAAGAUGUAGACCCCAGCCUUUCAAAAGGCUGGGCGUAUUUCGUGGAAGAAAAAGGAUACAAGACCUUCCUGGCCCAACACCUCGGAGAUGAGCAGGAGAAAAGCUCAUGUUCAAAUCACAAUGCCGUCAACAUGGCUGAUACGAAGCUGUCACAAGGGCUCGCAGCUACAGGUGUGGGCACGAUCGAUUGCGCCCGUCAUAACAUGAAACGACCAAACGGAGUCGGAGAUUUACAGAAAGGUGAAAAAUACCUCAACAUGGACUAUCUUACACAACUCCAAAUGUUAAAUGUUUCGUACAACAUCGCGUGCCAAUGGCACAAGAACCUCUGGGCGCGGAUGAAAUCAUUUCCUCAAUCCCACAGUUUGGACUACCUCACAAAGGUGAUUCGAUUUUUCGUGCCAAAGUUUCAUCUCCCCGCACAUAUCGCAAAGUGUCAAACACUUUUCUCGUUCAACUUUACGCGUUUCGUCGGCCGCACAGAUGGUGAGGCCCCAGAGAGAGGGUGGUCAAAUAUUAACCCCAUGGCCUCGAGUACGAAGGCUAUGGGCCCUGGCUGCCGUCGUGACACCCUGGACGACCAUUUUGGGGAUUGGAACUGGAAGAAAACAGUUGGGUUGGGCGCCUCUCUCCUCCUCAAGAUCAAGGACGCCCUUGCUGAGAGGGCCGAACACAAAAUGGCAUUCGAAGAAUUCGACACCGCUAUCACUCCCGACCACCGUUCUGCGUGGUUGGCAGAAAUGGAGGUUUGGGAGGUCAAUCCCAAUGACACAACUGUUUUUAAUCCGCUCGAGGCUAAAGCUACAUCCAUCACGCAAGCAAGUGCACGGCUUAAGCUUGCUGAGUUGGAGGCCGAGGAACUUCGGCGGGGCAUCGACACGUCUUUACAUCCGGAAAUAUCACGUAGUGUGCUCAUCGCCGCUGGCAUCGACCUCGAAGAGGAGCAGCGUCGUUUGACCAUUGCUGUGGAAUCCUUAGGUAUCCAUGCUACUGAUACACAAAAAAGCAGCAUCGUGCGAAUGCGGAACUCGCUACGGCGCAAAAUCGACACGUGGAGACGCGCCCAAGUCCUCUACCUCCCCGCUGUCCAAAGCAUUAUCAAUCAUGCAGUGCGUGAAGUUCAAGAGAAUGCCGAAUGCAUGAAGCUUUGGCUACCUUCCCAGCUGAGAGACAAACCAUGUGAUCCACACUUGCAAAAUGAUGAGUGGGAGUUGCGCUACACUCAAGCUCACGACACACUCGAAGAGAUCCGUCAGUGCUUGCGGAUUCAUUGCUCUCUGCUGUCAUUCAAACGAGAAUGGAUCCGGGGUCAAGGCGCGAACACGCGAGCUCAGAAUGCUCUCGCUCGGGUCCAUGGAAGGCGCACUGCGUGCGUGAAGCGAUACCGGUCGACAUGGGUGGCGCUCAAGGCCCUAGCUACAGCAAUGGGGAAGAAAGACUGGCAGGGGAGGUUGCAGGAGCUGGCGGAUAAUGACAUCAAGCCCCUCGUGGAUCCGUUCGCUACUGGUGAAGGGAGACGUCAAGUAUCUUGGAUCUGGAUGAUGGAUGGCGUUGAUUGCAGUGACGAAGCUGAUGUGCUGCAAGGUGUCCGCAUCGAGUGGUGUAAAAGCCGUGCGAGGGCACUGCGCUGGUCAGAAGAGGUGGAGUUGUUGAGGGAAGAGAUGCGCAGAGUGCUUCAGUUUUUUGCCUGGCAGGCAGCGUGGUGGGAAGAUCAAGGAAAGCGGCGUGUUGGAGAGUGUGCCGCGCACGCUGAAGGGUUGUAUGCAUAUGCUGUCCGACAGGCUAACCUCCGUCGCAGGAUGGCAGACGAUUUUCGCAUACUGUGGUCACCUUAUCUUUCACCGCAUGCCCUCCCACAAGCCCUCCCCAUCAACCCGCCAUCUCAGCUGUCUGAACUGUCGUUACCUGACCUCACCAUACCCGAUAUUCCCUAG